AUGAAUUCUAAUGUGUGUGAAUCAAUUAAUGCGAUCGAUAAAUAUUUUUAUGAUGAUCCGAAUAACCCGGAAGAACGUGAUUUUAUGGGAUUAUUAAAUAGUUCAUUCUCUGAUUGUAACUUUAGUAAUGAUGAACAAAAGAUUAUCUCUGGUUUUAUAGUGUUAAUACAUACGCUUGGAAAUUUAGAAAGUGAUAAAAUUGUUCAAUACGCUAGUUUAUGGUUAAGUCAUAAACUAAAUCAAAAAAAAGAAAAUGGAACGACCAGAUUAAACGAUUUUUUUACUGAACAUAUAAUAACAAAUAGUUGUUAUAUUAAGUAUAUAGAUAAUGAUAGUGAUGAUAAUAUUAAUAAGAGUGAUAUAGAAAAAAAAAUAAAUAUGAUGAAUAUGGAUAUUAAAGAUAUAUCUAAUUUUUAUGAUGCAUUUAAAUCAUUAUGUAACAUGUAUAGUGAAAUUAAUGUAGACAACUACCAAUGCAAUAAAUGUUUAGAAAAUGCUGGAGAAUUGUUUGAAAAAUAUGAAAAACUUAAAAAUGCUUUAGAUAUUAAUAAAGGAAGUUCUUAUUAUGAACUAUUGUCUAGUUUAUCAAGUGAUUAUAAAAAUUUUGAACAAACAUAUAAUCUUGAAUGUAGUAGUAUCUCACCACUUGUAGCUUGUUCACGAAGUUCAGUAACAAAAAAUACACUAAUUUCAAUUGCAAUUAUAUUUGUUGCAGCAUCAAUUUUAUUGGGAGUUUCUUAUAAGUAUUCGUUAUUUGGAUUUCGGAAACGAUUUCAAAAACAAAAAUUAAGAGAAAAUCUAAAAAAGUAA